UUUUGCUCACCAAAACAGCGACGCCAACACUCCCUCUUUCUCUCUAUUUCUCUGGCAAUGGCGUCUGCGAGUGUCCUCUGCAUUGUGUCGCUGGUCUCACUUUUUGUGGCGGCGAAUGCCAGAAUCCCGGGAGUUUACACCGGCGGUCCAUGGCAGGGUGCACACGCCACUUUUUACGGCGGCAGUGACGCCUCUGGAACUAUGGGUGGUGCUUGUGGGUACGGAAAUCUUUACAGCCAAGGCUACGGCGUGAACACUGCGGCGCUCAGUACUGCUCUCUUCAACAACGGACUCAGCUGCGGCGCGUGUUUCGAGAUCAAGUGCACAGACGACCCCAGAUGGUGCAACCCUGGUAGCCCCUCCAUCUUAAUCACCGCCACAAACUUCUGCCCUCCCAACUUCGCUCAACCUAGCGACAAAGGCGGCUGGUGCAACCCUCCUCGCCCCCACUUCGACCUCGCCAUGCCCAUGUUUCUCAAGAUCGCCCAGUACCGUGCAGGAAUCGUCCCUGUUUCUUUCCGCCGGGUUCCGUGCAGGAAGCAAGGCGGUAUCAGAUUCACAAUUAACGGUUUCAGUUACUUCAACCUGGUUUUGGUCACCAACGUAGCUGGUGCAGGUGAUAUCGUGCGCGUGAGUAUCAAAGGAUCAAAGACAGACUGGUUGCCAAUGAGUCGCAACUGGGGGCAAAACUGGCAAUCCAACGCUGUUCUUGUGGGGCAGUCGCUCUCCUUUAGAGUGGCAGGCAGUGACGGACGGACCUCCACUUCCCGCAACAUUGCACCAUCUAAUUGGCAUUUCGGUCAGACCUUCACGGGAAAGAACUUCCGCGUCUGAUUUUUCAUUCCCACUUUCUUUCCUUUUUUUCCGCACUUUUUUUAAAAAAACUUUAUUAAAUUAAGUUGAACCGUUCAAGUUUUCCGCCUUCGAUUUUCCUCCAUUUUCUCGGGAAAAUUCGAAGUGGUGAAGGGGAUAGUAGUAGGAAUCUUAAAGUGUAGGAAAAGUGAGUUAAAGUUGAAAAGUUUGUUUUGCGUGGCUGUAAGAUAGCCCGCUGUUCUUCAUUAUAUAUGUUUUACCAUUCACUA